GGCUCUGGUGUUCUGCGAGAGUGAAACGCCGUAGCUGUGUUCAUUUCAAUUUCUUUCAAAAGCCACGCAGAUCUCUACUCUCUCUCUCUCUUGUGGGCAUAUUCGGCAACGAAACACGGGCAUACCCCAAUUUGGAAGUAACUCAAUUUGGCCUUGAGCUUUAGAUUGAAGUUAUGUGACAUGGGGAAGAAGAAAACUUUGGGUUCUACUUGCUGGAUCACGCUUAGUACUGUAAUUGAACAGAAAAAUUAAUCAAUAUUAUCAGAUUAGGGGCAAAUCGGGUCUGUUUGCUUCCCUUUCCUCAGCUCAGAUUGAUACAUCUCCAUCUCUCUGGCAGUUGGAGUAAUGGGGCUUCUCAGCAUCAUUAGAAAAAUCAAGAGAAAAGAGAAGGAAAUGCGUAUACUCAUGGUGGGUCUUGAUAAUUCAGGGAAGACUACAAUUGUGUUGAAAAUCAAUGGAGAGGACACUAGUGUUAUCAGUCCCACCCUCGGCUUCAAUAUCAAAACCAUCACCUACCACAAGUAUACUCUUAAUAUAUGGGAUGUUGGGGGCCAAAGAACUAUAAGAUCUUACUGGAGAAACUACUUUGAACAAACUGAUGGUUUGGUAUGGGUUGUUGAUAGUUCAGAUCUUAGAAGGUUAGAUGAUUGCAAAAUGGAACUGGACAACCUUUUGAAGGAAGAGAGACUGUCGGGAGCAUCCUUGCUGAUACUAGCAAAUAAGCAAGAUAUAAAUGGAGCUCUUACACCAGCAGAAAUAGCUAAGGUCCUCAACUUAGAAGCUAUGGACAAAACCAGGCAUUGGAAAAUUGUGGGCUGCAGCGCAAUCACGGGUGAAGGGCUUCUUGAGGGAUUUGAUUGGUUGGUCCAGGAUAUUGCCUCUCGAAUCUAUGUGCUUGACUGACUAAUGUUUUCAUCCAAGACAUUUCUAUUUGUACGGGACAAGUUUCUAAAUGCCAUUUACAACAGCUAAACAGAAAUUUUGAGAGCAUUUCAUAUAUAAGCCGCCAUCUUAUUGGGGAAUUUCCUUUGUGUC